UUCCGGUUUAUCUCCCCCUUCGCAGUGUUUAUCAAGUUUCGAGAAAUCGGAGACAAGAUUAUUACAGGAGUCAUGGUAAUGGAUUCAACGUAGAUAAUUUAAAGACUGUGAUCCCAAGGGUGGAUAUUAUUGUAUUUUCCAAAUCACUUAAUCAAGUUAAUGUGACUUUCUUCCAACAACAACCAUAAAAAAAAGUAUUGACAAUUCGGCCGCCAGGUGUCUUGUGUCACGUUGUCAAGUCAUUUUUUGGCUGAUUCGUUUCGGGUUAUAAUAACAUUAGCCAUUUAAGUGCAACUAAACUUAUUUUGUGAAUUAAUCUGCAGGGGCGAUCGCAUUUAAUAACUAAUAGCUUCAAGGUGGAGGUAAUGGCUGCAAAUGGUCGCGGAGGGAUGAGGCCUUCUGGUAGAUCCCCACCUUUUUUGCUCAUCGGUUUGACUGUUGUCUUGUGUAUCGUAGGUUUCAAUUAUUGGAAUGUCUCAUCAAGAAAUAGUCACUUAUCGACGGAUCUAACUGCACUAAAAGAUCAAAUGAGAUCGCAAACAGCAAUGAGAAUUAAUGCAGAGAAAAGAAGUGAAAAUGCAGCAUCCAGAAUAAGAGACUGUGAGGAGAACCAAAGUAGAUUGAAGCAAAUGUUCGAUGAAAAUAAAAUGUCAAUAAAGAAAUCAAAGGAUCGUUUAAACACCAAAGAAUCUGAGUUACAGAGUACUGCUACAGAUCUGAAAAGAUGUCAAGAUGAUAAAGUAGCCUGUGAAGAAGAUAAAAUAGGAAUAAAUGAACAGUUACAUGAAGUACAAGAAAGGCUCACAGAAAAAGAGAAAGAGGUUGCCACUCAACCUAAAUGUGGUUUUGAGGAAUGUAAAGCAGAAAUUGGAAACAUAGUAAAUAUCCUUACUAAUACUAUAGGUAAAGAACCUAUCAAGAAUAGCUUAUUACAGAAUAAUAUUGAUGUUGCUAGCUUAAUGUCGCAGGCUGGAGGUUCAGAUGCAAUUAAACAAGGAUCAAAUUCAGAAAAUUUACAAGGCAACCAGAAUUACCAAGUUCAGCAACCAGGUCAGAUCGAUUCUAGACAGCCAGUUGAUCCCAGUCAGCAUUUUUUUGAAGGUCAAAAUGCAGUAAAUAAUAAUAAUAAUCGGCUGCAAGCAGGUGGAUUCAAUCCUCAGAUCGAUUCUAGACAGCCAGUUGAUCCUAAUCAACAGUUUAUUAAAGGUCAAAAUGCAGUAGAUAAUAAUAAUAAUAAUAAUCAGCUGCAAGCAGGUGGGUUCAAUCGUCCGAUCGAUUCUAGACAGCCAGUCGAUCCCAAUCAACAGUUUAAUAAAGGCCAAAAUACUGUAGACAAUAAUCAGCCACAAGCAGUUCAAGAUAAUCUACAAUAUCCUGGAGGUCAAGGGCAUUCAAAUAACGUAGGCCAGUCUCACCAAGAUCCUGGUAACCAAAAUCAACUACCCCCAGUUAAAUCAGGUCAACCUGACACUGAUCAACAUAUUCCUGCUAAUGCAGAUGGUAAUCAACCUGAACCAAAUCAUGCAAAUCUUGAACAACCUGGAAACAUAGAUCAGCAUGAUCAAGGUGCUAAGGGUCAAUUUCAGCCAAAUCCUGAUCAGAAAGGUCAAUUUCCUGUGAACAAAGGUCAAUCUGCAUCUGAUCCAAAAGAUAAAAGUAAUCCGAGUCAAAUAGCCCAAAAUACAGUUCAAGAGGCACUAAAAGGAAAUACUGGUACAGAACAACAGAUACUGGGUCAAGGACCAGUGAAAGUGGGCCAAGAACAACUGAAAGUGGGUCAAGAACAACUGAGAUCAAGUCAAGAACUAAAACCAGGUCAAGAAGAAAUAAAAAACAGUCAGGAACAAGUAAAAUCAGAUCGAGAAUCAAUUGACACCCCAAAAAAUCCCAUAUCUAAUGCUGAAAGCACUAUUCAUCAACAACAAAACAUGUUACAUGUAUCACAAGAAAAUAAAGUACCUGGAUCUAAUCAGUUAGAAAACAAUAAAACACUAGAAAGUCAAGAACAGCCAAAAUCUCCAACACAGCUACCUAUACCAAAUCAGAUUGAUAAGGGUGGACCAGAAGAAGAUGAAUCUAAAAAGAAUGAUGCUAUUGUUGAUAAGAAAGUCACAGAAAAAUCUCCAGGAAAGGUAGAGAAGAUUGUAGAAGAUAGUUAUAAUACUAUAAACAAACAUGGUGGUGGUUUUAGGGAAAGUAAAAACUUUGAUAAUCAACAACUUUCCCGUUCCCCUGCACUUGAACAACCCAAUAAACCCCUUGAUCCCUUACAUUAUGCUUCUCUUGCUAAAACAUCUGUACCUCAUUCUUCAAAUAUAAAUAUUUUCAAUGGUUCCCCUUAUGAUCAUCGACCGCAUGAUGUUAUGAUUGAACAAAUGGAUAAAGGAAAAGUAAACUUUAAUAUUGAUAAACCCAAUCAUCAGAUAGACGGACCUCUAGAUGAGGCUGUUAUCAAUCCUAGAAGAGAUCAACAAGAUAAAGAUUAUAGUUACGGUGGUGAUGGGGCCGAUGAUGAUGACAAUACUUAUAAGGAUAAAGGACAAGGUGAUAAUGGUUCUAGAAUGAAUCGUGCAAGGGAUGAACCAAGAGAAGACAGUAUAGAUCAACAGAGUAUUGAUGAUGAGGAUAUACCACAACAAUAAUUGUACAUUUAUACCAAUGUUAGUCCUUACUGAUCUUUACAUAACCCCUAUCUGUAACUAUUAAUAGUACAUACAUCUGACCAUUCAGCUGAUCAGCAAUGUGAACCAACAAUAUUGUGAUGUUUCUGAUUAGUUAUCCUUCCCUGGGCCUGCUUUUUACAUUGACUUAGAGAUUGACUAAACACAGAAACAGAUUUUCACUUAGUACCCUGUGUUGUAGACAGUUGUGGGUUUUAAAGAAGUACAAAGAAUUGAUCAGUCUCACAUCAAGCCUAUUGGACCAAUGAAAACUAUUGCCCACACAGUUGCUAUCAAGUGUGGUAAUGGUUACAAAGCUAAUAUUAUGUUCUUUACCAUUGCUUCAGUAAUAUGGCCCACCAUAGACAUAUCACCAAUAGUAAUAGGUUACAGACUGUGGCUAUGCCAAGAUUGUUGAUACUGAUUAUACCAUGGACCUUAUAAUAUUAUAAGGUCCAUGAUUAUACUAACAAAUUACCUUACAAUGAACAAAACUAGUAAUAACUGGAUGUAUUUAAUACAGGGUUUUUUUUUUUUAUAUAAAGUGUAAACACUACACAUUCAUUCUUACUAGCUACCAGAAUCUGUUGAUCUCACCAUCUUUGCUUUAUACCAUGUAUCUUGCUUAGAGGCUAAAUAAUGGUCCCUAAGCACAUACUAAUGCUCAAGUAAUUUAUCAGUCUUUAUUUAGUCUAAAAAUGUUGAAUUUACAUGUGUAACUUGAUAAACUGACAAUAAAACAUUGAACAAUUUGGACAUAUUUUUUAGUGUGUAUUGUACUCAACUGUCAGCACUUUGUUUUUGAUGGCUUCAUAUUUAUCAUAAUGAUGUUAAAUCAAGAUUAUAAUAACACAUUAGGAAUUACCUCGUAUUUACCUGCUUUAGUAAUUUGAGAAUUUUAUAACCUGAUUAAAAUAUACUUAAAAAGAUACUGUGAUUUUUGUAUUUUGUAUAUAUUCAUAAGAAGUAUAUUUUUGAAAAAAUGAACAUGUAAGUAAUUACAUGUAAAUUGUGUUAAAUCAUAUCUAAAUAUUCCUAUCUUUUCAGUCAGUACAUUGUAGAAUGAAUGUUAAAAUGCUUAUUUGCAAAUCUGUGUGUUACAAAGUAACAAAUAUUUUCAAUAAAGAGUAGAAUUUGAAUACAUUUUAUUAAAACUAUGCAAGCUCCUUAAAUUUAUUUUAUUUCCAUUUACUGGUAGUUUUAGAAUUGAAAGUUUAGAUGUAUAUUUUUAAAGUUUCUUAUCAUGUAUUAACAUUCCGUUAUGAUUUGGUUGUAUUGAUAUGUAUUAUUAUGUUUAAUACUGUAAAACAAGAAAUUAACACUCACAAGAAAUUCAUGCAUUAAACAGCUCCAGUGGCAUUAAUUUAUGUCUGCAUUUCUUGGAAGUAGUAUCAGUAGUUUCACAAAUAAAUUUGUCUUCUUGUUAAACAUAACACCCCAUAAAACAAUAUACUAAUUAAUGAGCUAAUCAAUGUCGUAGAUAACAUAACUUUAUUGGUCACCCUGUUCUAAAUUUAGAGAAGAAGAUGCAGCAGCUUGCAUUAAUUUCAAUACAGGUUAAUUUCUUGCCUUACAGUAUGGGGAUAUUCGCCUGGUGACAAUGGAGUGAAAAUGGGAAUUUUGGGUUGCAACACAUGCACUAAAUAAGAAAGUAUCCUGGCACUAACAGGACUGUAAUCUGUCAUUUGAUUGCAAUUCUGUUGAUUUGAAAUGUUCCAGACUAACAGCCAAGCAUUCCCUGUGUUACCCCCAGACAAAUUUAUCAGUCUUGAGCUUCCCCAUUUGAUUGGUCACAAGUCCAGAAGUACUGCAGACCUAUCAAACUGUUAAUAUGGUGUAAGAUCUUAGUUGUCAGGUCAAUCAGCAGUAGUAAUUCCAUUCUUAUCAUGGGUAGAUGACAUAGUAGUGGACUAAGGGGAAGCUCAAGAUAUUUAUCAUACUAUAUGUUUAUUAUUUAUUAAUUGUGUAAGGUGUUGAUGUUUUUGUUUACUGUGGUCCCUCACUUCUAAAUAUGGUUCUCAUCUCACAAUAGUCUGUAAAUAAAGGAUGAUAGAUCUUGAUCAUCUCGUUCAUCCUAAAUGUGCCAUUAUUAUAUCCCCUGUUAAAUUGUGUUUUCUUUAGUUGUAACACGUUUUAACUUUGUUUAUCUUUACUGUUUGCCUUCAAAUUUGAGCAUCUGCUCGGUGGUGAUAACUUGUGACAAAGUCAGUAGUUUUUUUUACUUGGUCAUCUUUUCUGGAAUAACAUCGAUCUCAAAAAAUUCAUCAUGGGAGCAAAUUUUUCAGUAAUAACAUCAAUUCUACUUUCUAAACAACAAAAUUGUUUGAGUCAAACACGGCAAACAAUUUGAUUCUGAACAUUUACUGCAACAUAAAGGUUCUCACAAGUUAUCUUAUGAUCACUGCCAAAGAUUUUGCAAGCAGACAUUUUGACAUCUAUCGCACAUCUAUUGAACAAUAUCAGUGACCUUAAAAAUAUCUUUGAAACUUAUUUUAAAAAAUUUGUUUUGUUUGCCAGUUUUUUCACGAAUUGAAAUACAAUUUAAAAAAUAUAUUUCCUCAACAGUUAAGAACUUAAAUACAUAGCUAUUAAUUGGAAAAUAUAUUCAACCUAUGCAGAUAAUAUAUCUGUUGCUAAAAACAUUUAAUCUUGCAAGAUAUGAAAGAGGAAACCAUAUUCAAUUUCAAAUUUAAAAAAAUUCUGCUAGUAGCUUACAGCAGUCAUAUAAAGGAUUGACAAAAUGUGUUUGUGGCGUAUAGUUAUAUGCAGUUGAUGUUUAAGGAUUUCGUAUGUUAUUUAUUUUUAUCUUACUAACCAACUUCAUUCUAUAUUUUUUUUUCUAUGUCAUAAGAAAUAUACUUUCAGUUAAAAUACAUUUUCAGGUUGCACUAGAUGAUCUUAUUUACCAUGAUUGGAUCAUGUCAUUAAAUUUCAUCUUUAAAUAUUGGUACCCGGUAUUUUUUGUGAGGGAUUAGACAUUGAAUGAUAGAUGGUUUUAUUUAAAUUAAAUGCACCCAGGUGUGGAACUAGAAGGGAGAUUUAGUAAUUUUGUUCCAAUUUGUGCAAUCUGCUGAAAACAAAAUAUUUUCUGGCAUUUAUAAAUUUUGAGAUGUAUUAUAGCUUUAUACUUCAUGUAUAGUGUAUUCAGCACUAUUGGGUAUUGUUUCUUUUAUGUCAUGUAUGUUAUUGUAUUGCUUUUUAACAUGUGGAAAAUAAAUAAAAAUAUUUGGUUGA